AGACUAGCUCAGCCUCAUCGCGCUCGUCCUCCAAGGCUCAGAGAGGUUUGGAGGCACAUGCCUGCCAGCAUGGACGGAGCCUGGGUGGGGACCUGGAGACCUCAUCGCCCACGCGGCCUCAUCUCGGCCCAGUUCCCCAGCCCCGGGCCCCAGUACUCCAUCCCGGGGACAACAGGUUAUGUGGGCCACAGCCCCACCAAAGCCCGUGCCCCCGCCUACACGUUUAGAGGGACCAAACCGCCUGCGGCAGGGAGCUGCGGGCCAGGUCCCUGCUACUUUGUGGAGCCCGCCAUCACCAGGAACGGGAAGUACGUGGCUCCGGGCGCCCAGCUCCGGGGACGACCCGCGACGAAGACCACCGUCACUCCCGGACCAAGUGACUACCGCACCGAGGCAGCCAACAGGCACGUCUUCAAGUGCCCACCGGUGCAGUCCAUGGCCUUCCGGCGGGAGCCCCUCCGGACAGACCACCCUCCAGGUCCUGGCACCUACACGCUGCCCAGGCUGAUGGGGCCCAACACAGUCUACACAUCGGCCAGCCCCUGCUACUCUGUGAGGGGAAGGAGCCAGCGAGGUCGGUUUGACGAAGACCUUGCCAAGACUCCGGGUCCUGCGGCGCUCCCCAAAGUGCCUGUGGAUGCCUACAAGACCAGGGCGCCCGCGUACACGAUGGCAGCCCGACCAAAAGCUGGAGAGGGCAAAGCAGCGAAGCCCGGGCCGGCAGACUACAGCGUAGGCCGGGUGACGCUGAUCAAGCCCCAGGCGCCUGCAUCCACGUUUGGAAUCCGGCAUUCCCUCUACACAACCCCUCUCAUCGUGGAGUGAAAACAGCAAAGCCUGGAAGGCCUGGUUUCCUUUCCUGGAACGGAAGGGAGGGGAAGAGAGAGCGACCAUCUGCCGGUUUCCCUUUGAUUCCAUUUCCCUGCCUCGUGCCUCGGGUUGGGCUUUUGCCCAUUUUACUGUUGGAUGCCAGCGAUAGGAGUAAGUCGUUAAUAAAAUGUACCUUUAUGUAUA